GACUGCUGAGGGCAGCGACAGUCCUAGCCGCCUCCGAGCGGCAGGAGGGGGCAGUUCUCGGGUUGCCACUUGGAGUGACCCCUGCUUCUCUUUACUGGCAUCACAGCUUCCCCCCGCCCCUCCGGAUACUCCUGGCCUAACAGCCCUUCUCAACAACAUGGAAGAAUUUCUGCAACGCGCGAAGUCUGAACUGAAUCGAAGUAAACGCUUGGAGAAGGUCCAUGUGGUGAUUGGACAUAAAUCAUGUGAUUUGGAUUCUCUCAUUUCUGCCUUUACAUAUGCUUACUUUCUGGACAAGGUCAGUCCACCUGAGGUUCUCUGUUUGCCAGUGCUGAAUAUACCAAGAACUGAAUUCAACUAUUUCACUGAAACAAGGUUUAUUUUAGAAGAGCUAAAUAUCUCUGAGUCAUUUCAUAUAUUCCGGGAUGAAAUUGAUCUGCAUCAGUUAAGUGAUGAAGGAAAGUUAUCUAUAACACUUAUUGGCAGCAACGUGCUAGCAAGUGAAGACAAAACUUUAGAAUCAGCAGUUGUCAAGGUCAUUAAUCCAGUUGAGCAGAGUGAUGGUGAUGGCAAGCUGGAGUUCCAAGAGUCUUCCUCCUCCCUCGUGGUAAAAGAGAUUCUCCAGGAGGCUCCUGAACUCAUCACUGAGCAGCUGGCUCAUCUCCUCAGAGGUAGCAUCCUUUUCAAUUGGAUGACCAUGGAGUCUGAGAAGAUCUCAGAGAAUCAGGAAGAAAUUCUUUCUAUCCUGGAGGACAAAUUUCCCAGCUUGCCUCCAAGAGAGGAUAUUAUCAACAUCCUGCAGGAGACCCAAUUCAAUGCUCAGGGUUUAAAUAUUGAGCAGAUAAUGCUGAAGGAUCUAAAGGAACUAUCAGAUGGAGAAAUAAAAGUGGCCAUUAGUACUGUGAACAUGACCCUUGAGAACUGUAUGUUUCACAACAGUAUCACCAGAGAUUUGAAAGCAUUCAUGAACAAGUUUGGUUUUGAUGUCCUCAUCCUGUUGGCCCAAGACUUGUCAGAGGAAGAGCAGCCAAGGCAGCAAAUUGCUGUAUAUUCAGAGAACUUAGAGCUGUGCAGUCAGAUUUGCUGUGAACUGGAGGAGUCCCAGAACCCUUGCCUAGAGCUGGAGCCCUUUGAGUGUGGCUGUGAUGAUAUCCUGGUGUACCAUCAGGAGAACACUGCCGCGACUUGUGACCAAGUAGUUCUUCUGGUCAAGGAAGUCAUCAAUAGGAGGUGUCCAGAGAUGGUUUCCAAUAGCCGGACAUCCUCAACAGAAGCUGUGGCAGGCAGUGCCCCACUCUCUCAGGGAUCUUCAGGGAUUAUGGAGCUAUAUGGUUCUGACAUCGAACCACAACACAGCUCUGUGAACUUCAUAGAAAAUCCUCCAGAUCUCAGUGAUUCCAAUCAGGCCCAGGCAGACGUCAGCGUAGACCUUGUGAGUCCAGACAGUGGACUGGCCACCAUCCGAAGCAGCCGUUCAUCCAAAGAGAGCUCAGUUUUCCUCAGUGAUGACAGUCCAGUGGGAGAAGGUGCUGUACCUCACCAUAAUCUCCUCCCAGGGUUUGACUCCUAUAGUCCUAUCCCUGAAGGGAUAAUAGCAGAGGAGCAUGCUCCAUCUGGAGAACACAGUGAGCACUUUGACCUCUUCAACUUUGACCCAGCUCCCAUGGCUUCUGGGCACUCCCAACCAUCUUCUCAUUCUGUAGACUACUCCCCAGCAGAUGACUUCUUCCCCAACAGUGAUUCAUCAGAGGGACAACUCCCCACGGGGCCCAAGGGGCUUGAUGGAAUAGGAAUAAAUAUAUCAAAUUAUUCUUCCAGUUCACUUUUGUCAGGGGAUGACAAAGAUCAUUUUGCAGAAUUUGACGAAGAGUUUGUCCAGCAACAGGAAAGUCCCAGGAAUAACUCUGAAAGAAAUUUGAGCAUGACAGGGUUUGUGGGAGAUGAAUGUUCUUCACCAGAAAUACUGAAAAAUAGUGUAAAAAGAGUUCCACCAACACCCAUGAAUAGCUUUGUAGAAAGUUCACCUUCCACUGAAGAACCAACUCUAAUCUAUUCAGAAGACAUGACUCCCAAAGUAGUCAACACAGGUCAUACAAGGUCACCUCAGACUCGGGCACGGUGCAGCAGUUGGUGGGGAGGUUUAGAAAUAGACUCUAAGAACAUUGCAGAUGCAUGGAGUUCCAGUGAACAAGAAUCUGUCUUCCAAAGCCCCGAGUCAUGGAAAGACCAUAAGCCAAGUCCUAUUGAUAGGAGAGCAUCAGAGUCUCUAUUUCAACCAAAAUCUCUUGAACUCCCAAAGUCAGGUCCCUGGGAAUCUGAAUUUGGCCAGCAUGGGCUGGGAGACAAUGACAUUCAAAACCAAAAUGAGGAAAAUGUACAGUUUCAGAACCUGCCCUCUGAGACCUCACAUUUGCCAAGUGCUUCUCCUCAGGGAACAAACCACCUAAUAGAAGACUUUGCAGCUCUGUGGCAUUCUGAUCGCUCUCCCACUGCAAUGCCUGAGCCCUGGGGAAAUGCCACAGGUGAUGGUAAACCAGCUGCAGUAUCAGCAUUUCCAACCUGGAGUGCAUUUGGUAAAGAGGAAGAUGACAAAGCUUUGAAAAAUACUUGGAAUCUGCACCCAACAAACAGUGAAAUACCUUCUGUGAGGGACCCAAAUGAGUGGGCCAUGACAAAAAGCGGGUUUUCUUUUACUUCAGAUAACCUAGAGGGCAAUUUGCCCAAUGACAUAAAUAGUGAAGCAGCAACCCCAGAAGCAGUAUGGGGCAAAAAGCACCAUGACUCCAGGGAUAAUAUCUUAGUACCUGGAAAUCCCAGAUCUGAUCUGGACCAUACAUGGAAGCCAGCAAAGGAUGAUCAUGAGAGUUUAGCAAACCUGAAAAUGAGGGGGAAAGUAUGUGAAAAGGUAGACUCCUGGAACCUUUUUGAGGAUAGUAUGAAGAAGGGAGGGUCAGAUGCUCUAGCUCCUUGGGAAGAUUCCUUCUUAUCGUAUAAAUGUUCUGAUUACAGUGCAUCCAAUAUUGGGGAAGACUCGGUGCCUUCUCCCUUAGACACCAACUACUCUACCUCUGACUCUUACACAUCACCAACAUUUGCUGGAGAUGAAAAAGAGACUGAAAAUAAGCCGUUUGGGAAAGAGGGAGGUUUUGAGGCAAAUGAUACUAUUUCUAUCACAGAGACCAAAAUGCCCCCUCAAUCACCACAGCAGCCACCUAGAAAUCGAAUUAGUUCAGACCCUGGCAACCUAGAGAUGUGGACUUCACUGCAGGCAGAGAAUAGAUCUGAAACUAAUGCUGCUCACAAUCCAGAUGAAGAUUUACUCAAGCCAGGGCCCAUGGAUGAUAUGGGUGUCUCUGUGGGGAAUGACCCAGGGGAAAGCAACCAGUCCAGUUACAUUGACCACAGCAUGAUGCAGCUGCAAAAUGAAACAAACCAACAGCUCACACUUCUGCACAGUAGUACCAACUCCCAGCAGGCAACCCCCAACAGUGUUGACUUGUGGAAUGGGGUGAUUGUAGAGGAUACUCAGUCAACAGCAACCAUCUCAGAUAUGGAUAAUGAUUUGGACUGGGAUGACUGCAGUGGAGGUGUGGCCAUCCCUGGGGAAGGUCAACCACAAGGAUACAUGGCUGAAGCUACAGAACCUGAAACCCGAUUUUCAGUGAGACAGUUAGAACCAUGGGGUGUGGAGUAUUCAGAAUCAAGUCAGGUGGGCUGGGGCCUCCCUGACUCUUUGGAACAUGGCAAAGAUGCUGCUCCCAAUGAAGAUUACAUGUUGAGUGAGAAAAGCGUACAGCUCAUAGCAAAUAGUAUUUGGGACUCAGUCAUGAAAGAUAACAUCUCACCAUUAAUAUUACCAGACCCAUUAUAUACUGCAGAUUCAGAACAAAAUAGAUCACCUCCUGAAACUCCCAGCUCAUCAGAAAAAGAUAAAGACAGUUACCUUCAAGAUGUGCUUGAAAACUCGGGACUCAAUGAAUCAGGAGCAUCUAUCCCUGAUCCAGAUAAGUCAGACACAUUCCAAGGAAACUUGCCAAGUGAUGCAGCUUCUCUUGAAAGUUCAGGACAUUUUGCAUACUCAGAUCAAUGGAAAGAUCCUAGUUAUGGACAAAGUGAAGUUGAAGAGGAAGCUCAUGAACCCUCUGAGAAAGAAUGCUUCAGUGAAGAAGAGGUGAUAGAUGGUGCUUCUGGGAUUUCUGGAAAAGGGCAAGGUGACCAAAAACACUCUUCUCCAGAUGUAUACAAACACCAGGAAAUCUGCAAUGACUCAAGCAAAGUCAGCUCUCUUCCAGUCACUUCCAGUCCUCAGUCAGAAAAUCUCUCAGAGGAUUUAGAGACUGAAAAGGUUUUUUUUGGCCCUGACUGUGAUGAACAAACAGAGAUAACCACAGAUCACCUGCAGACACAAGAAACCUGUGAAGAGCACCAUACAAAUUAUAGAAUUUCCAGUGAAACAACUGAAACCUCAGAUAGGCAGAAUUUAACAGAAAAUUUGUCUUUACCAGAUGUGAACCUUGAGAAAACUAAAGAAUGUAAUAUUCUGCAGCCAGAGAGAGUAGACCAAGAGUUACCUCAUGAAUGUCCCCCAAACCUUGAUGUUUGGGAGGACCCUGAAGACAGUGAUAUGCAAGUCAGUUGCAUAAGUUCUGAGAUAACUAAGAAUGAUGAAGUUAACAAUACUGAGAACAACCCUCUAGCAACCAAUUCACCUGGAAAUUUUGAUAGAGAUAGUAUUUCUAGUGAAUAUACACAUUCCAGUGCAUCAACUCCAGACCCAAGUGAUUUUUCAGCUUCCUUGAAUUCCUGGGGCCAAGAACUCAAUGCUGAGCAUCGGAAGCAGAAUCAAGAUAACUGUGAUUUUCAGAAUCACCAAGAAUCUGAACUAAGUAUUGCUGCUGGACACAGAGAAAUAAUUACUGAAAUGAAAGACCAGGAGAAAGACAAAACAGACAGUUUGGAAAGGAGCUCACAUAAGAAAGUUCCUACAUUUUUAGAGCAUUGGAAUGAUCCAGUAGAUGGUGAUUCCUUUUCCUCUUUAUCCAGCCCUGAAACAGGCAAAUAUACUGAAUAUCAGGAAAGAAAUAUAAUGAUUAGUCAUGAGGAGAAAAGUGAAUAUGAUUAUCCUGAAACUGUGCAGGCAGAGAAUGUCACAUUCAUCCCAAUAAGCUCAGGUUCUGAUGAUGACAGUGUGGGUGAUGAAGAAUCAGUGGAGAAAAAUACCAGUUUGGCCACUUCUCAUGUUGCUCCGCAUGAAAUCAGAGCUUGGGAUGCAUUGAAUGAACCUGGUGAGUUCUUAGCAGUAGUUGAUCCUAACUCUGAGGAAUUGUUUGAUUAUGUAGGUGGUUCAGGAUCAGCAAAGCAAGGGAAUAAGCCAGACCCAUUCUGUGACUAUCAACAAAGCAGCCCUGACCACUGGAAUUUCUCAUCACUAGAGGAGACCAAAAUGCAGAUCACAACAGAGAAUCUGGAGAUAAGGCCUUCUCCCGAAACAGGAAAGAUGGGAGAUAAUGUAUGGCAAACAUCUCCUCAAACUAAACCAAAUGAUGAAAACUAUUCUAAACUGGAAGUGCUUGGAUUCUCAACUGAGAGUACUGAGUGGUGGAAUAACACUCCACAGGAUGGGCAACCAAUUGCCAAUGCAUAUGAAGGGGAGUUAUCUAAUUCAGGUGAUGUGUUAGAGAUCAGUUCUUCAGAAUACCAAAAUAUGGGUCCCUGGGGACUGCCCAUUAAGGGUGAUACUGGAUCCACAGCAAGACAUUGUACUAACACUUUCAGUGAUACACACCAGUCACCCUUCCUGGAUGAUAGUGAGGAUAACUCACACAAGCAAUUUUGGAAUAUUCAACCAAGGCAAACAGAUCCAGAGACUAAUCAACUUAGCCAGCUUGUAGUACUGGACCAAGUUAAAGAAAAAGAUUCAGAGGAGCAAACCUUAAUGUUUUCUGUUGGUGAUAAACUGAAUUCUGAAACACCUGUUCAAGAGCAGUGUCCGAGUACAGUGCUAUCUGUCUGGAAUCAGCCAGGCCCAACUAUGGAGUGUCAAGGAACAAAUUGGUGGGAAGAAGAACCAUACCCUAGUGAAAUAGUGGGCUCAAGGGUUGACUCAGAAGAUUUUCCUGCUGUCAAUUCUUUGAUCCAAUCCAGAAAGUCUUCAGGUUCUGAAUGGACUGACUCUACUCCUAGUGAGGAGCCCUCAGGAAAAUUUGUUCCAGAUAUUCUACACGACAACACCCAAGAAGAUGGGCAUCUGGCCUCAGCUUACCCUGAUUUGUGGGUGGAUGCUAAGCAACCCUUUAGUUUGAAAUCAGAUGGUGAGAAUCCUGAUAUUCUGACUAACUGUGACCAUGAAAACAAUUCUCAGACUUCUACCAGUCCUGAUAUUUGCCAUGAGUAUGAGGCAAAGCAAGAGAGUGAGCAUAACAUCAGUGCUGACAUAGAACCUGAACAGGAAUCCAGUAAGCUGUAUCUCACUGAGACCCAGAUGGAUGAAGACUCCAGUCAGGAGCUGAGGCAAGAAUUUGCCCCGUACAACUCAGAAUUAUAUUUUGAAAGCACAUUUUCACUGCCUCCAGUUAGUGAUCAAGCAAACACAAAUGACUCAUCUCAGCCUGUCUCUCACAAAAAUUCCCCUGAACUUUCUGACUUAAAUAGUGAAUACAACACAGAUUUAGAAGUGUCAGGAAAAAAAGCUGACCCAGGAAUAGCACCAGUGUUGGAGCCUGUUGACUUGACAAUACCAAUGACUGAAAAGGUGGGCACCAGCAUUGUUGUAAUUCAUCAAGAGCCAACUAUAAAAGUUAGUAGUUCUUGGAUGCCAGAUGAUUUUCUUCUUGAAGGUCAGAGAGAGACGGGAGAUUUGCUGGCUGAUGAGAACCCUUUUCCUGUGGAGAAUACUGCCACAGCUCCUGUGCUGACCUUGGGCACUUGUCUGGAUGUAAAUGAAGCUGCCCUUGAUCAUAGUUUCAGUGAAGCCUCAGGUCUCAACACAUCCACGGGAACAAUAGAUGACAUGAGUAGAUUGACAUUAUCAGAAGGCAACCCUGAAACAUCAGUUGAUGGAGAAGGAGGGAAGCAUGAUAUCUGUUCAUCUGAAGCCUCAUGGGGUGAUUUUGAAUAUGAUGCCAUGGGCCAAAAUAUUGAUGAAGAUUUAAUGAAAGAACCUGAUCACUUUUUUUAUGGUGGUGACCCUCCCUUGGAAGAGGAUACUCUGAAGCCAUCACUGGCACCAUACACACCACCUUUUGAUUUGUCCUACCUCACAGACCCUAAGCCUGGUACUGAAAUGACAACAGCAGCUGAGGUUCCAGAGGAUGAGUCCUUGGAGAGUGAAACAGAAGAGAUGUUGCUUUCUGACCUUCCUGAUCAAAAAGGCAAGACAAUUCCUGCCGACACCAUCAAUAGCCAGCCUGGACACCAGUUGGUUGUUCUACAUAUUCAUGAAGAUCCUGAGUCAGUUUCUUUGCCUGUUGAAACAGGCUACAAUACUGAGUUCUCUCCAUCAAAUAUCCACUGGGAGGUAGAAGUGGAUGAUUCAGGUUUACCAGUAGGUGGAGAUAUAGGACUGUCAACUGGUGUGAGUAAGGGUAUAUUAGAGUUGGAAAAAGAAAAAAUAACUCCUACCAAAGAGCCUAAGGAGAUAAAACCAGAAUAUGUGGGGAAAGGAUGCUUAGAGAAGAAUGAAGAUAACCAUGAACUACACAUGGAUUACAUACUUGUAAACCAUGAAGAAAAUUUGUCCCCAAAGCCAGAGACUGGCGAAGCAAGAGGCAGCAUGUCUGAAUUUGAAGAGGUUCAUAGAACUUCUGAGGAAAUGGUGCUGCCAGGGACAGAGUUAGCAGUCUGUCCAGACAUACAUCAGCCUGUAGCUUUAGAUGGAGGGAAAGAGUAUUCUGCAGAGAGAAUGUCCUCCAAAAAUGGUGUGAGAUCAUCGCUUGAAAGCCCAGGGCAAGACCCAAGCUGGAUGGUGUUAGAACAUAGUGAGCUUAGUGAUCCAGCCUCAGAAGCUAACAACUCAGAACCUGGGGUAUCUGGACAGGUUGUGGAGCCAGUCUCUGAUCUAUGCUUGGACAAGAGUCCCCAGUUUCAGGCUGUGGGAAGAAUAAAGCCUCUAGAACCUUUAGCACAAUCACAGAAGAGUCAGAGCCGAGGCCAGGCUGGCCCAGAUGGAGUUAUGCUGCAGACUGUCACCCAUGACAAUGGAUGGGAAAUGCUUUCCCCACAGCCUUCUAAGGAAAACAUGAUUCCUGAAGCAGAAAUGGAGGAGGAGACAGAGUUUCUUGAGUCCAGAACAAGGAAACCAAAAGCAAACAAACUACCAUCAAAGGAUGUAGGGAUGGACAUCCCCUUUGAGGAGGGAGUGCUGGGUUCCAGUGCUGCAGACAUGAGGCCUGAACCUCCAAAUUCUCUGGAUCUUAAUGAUACUCAUCCUCGGAGAAUCAAGCUCACAGCCCCAAAUAUCAAUCUUUCUCUGGAUCAAAGUGAAGGGUCCAUUCUCUCUGAUGAUAAUCUGGACAGUCCAGAUGAAAUUGAUAUCAAUGUGGAUGAACUGGAUACCCCUGAUGAAGCAGAUUCUUUUGAAUAUACUGUGCAUGAGGAUUCCACAGCCAACAAAGAUUCUGGUCAAGAGUCAGAGUCUAUUCCAGAAUAUACGGCUGAAGAGGAGAGGGAAGACAACCGGUUGUGGAGGACAGUGGUGAUUGGAGAACAAGAGCAACGUAUUGACAUGAAAGUCAUUGAGCCUUACAGAAGAGUCAUUUCUCAUGGAGGAUACUAUGGGGACGGUCUAAAUGCCAUCAUUGUGUUUGCUGCCUGUUUUCUGCCAGACAGCAAUCGGGCGGAUUACCACUAUGUCAUGGAAAAUCUUUUCCUAUAUGUAAUAAGUACUUUAGAACUGAUGGUAGCUGAAGACUAUAUGAUUGUUUACUUGAAUGGUGCAACCCCAAGACGGAAGAUGCCAGGCCUAGGCUGGAUGAAGAAAUGCUACCAGAUGAUUGACAGACGCUUGAGAAAGAAUCUGAAAUCAUUCAUCAUUGUUCACCCAUCUUGGUUUAUCAGAACAGUCCUCGCAGUGACACGGCCUUUUAUAAGUUCAAAAUUCAGCAGUAAGAUCAAAUAUGUCAGCAGCUUAUCAGAACUCAGUGGACUGAUCCCAGUGGAUUGCAUUCAAAUUCCGGAGAGCAUCAUCAAGUAUGAUGAAGAGAAAUCUUUUAAGAGAAGUGUGAGACUGGAUGAAGAAUUGAGGGAAGCUUCAGAAGCAGCUAAAACUAGCUGCCUUUACAAUGAUCCAGAAAUGUCUUCUACGGAUAAAGAUAUUGACCUGAAACUGAAAGAAAAGCCCUAGCUGGCAAUGGCAGGAAGAAGAAGAUGCUUUUCUGCUUCAUGGUUCUGUUGAAACAUAUCUACAGAGAAGAGUCAGGACUGGCGGUACUUUUUUCCACUUUGCACUAUGUAGUGCCAUUCUAAAUUUCUAAGGGGAAAAGCAGUAAGGGAAUUUGUUUACUCUUGACAUUUUUUUAGUUGUGUGUACUUUCUUAUUUUGCCAAUUAUGUGCCUCAAAUAUUUUAUUUGAACCCUAGCAAAAAAAAGUAGAACCUUCCAUUUCUAUACUUUGUUAACCCUUGGUGCAGUGGUAUUUCAUCUCUUACACUGGAAUUGAUCAACUAAACCACUUUAAUCUGCUAAUAAUUGCAAGUGGAUCUGUUUCUGUAGAUUAGCUGGAUUCCUCCUUGGUGUUCAUGUUAGGCUUAAAAUACACAGGGCUCUACUCUCCUUGGUAAAGUUGUUCCCAUGUAAUUCCAUCUUUAAAAUCCUGAACUUGCUUGACACAAUCAUUAACUAGACACAAGUGUGAAACUAUAAGGGGCUAACUGCCCACUGGUUCUUGUUCAUGUGACCUAUCUAAUUCUCAAAGGAAAACCAGGAUUUGUAAUUUACAUCAAUUUUAUUCUUGUUAUCAAGUUUGGCACCAUAUUUUCUCUGAAUUUUUUUAAGGAAAUUGUCAUUUCUCCGGUGUUUAAGAUCUCCACACUGAGAAACAUAGUUUUGAUGUUCAUAUUUUUGGUAACUGUCAGCAGGUUAUACACUUAGUUCAAAAUGUUACUCUUUAAGGAAUUGACCCCCUCAAAAAUUCAUUGUUUGGUAGUGUUCUGUUAUCUGAAUUUUUUUAAAUCUAUGCAUUAUUAAAAGAAGUCUGCUUUAAAACACUAAUGAAACAGCAGGUUUAAAAUUAAGUAUAAGUAUGUAUUCUCAUUUUAAAAAUAUCCUUCAGUAGUUUUUAUAUUUUGUUUAUAGUGCCAAUGUGAUUUUGAAUCUGUGGACCUGUAGCAGAAGGGUUGGUAGCUUCUAGCUUAAUCAAACACAUACCUGCUUUCAUAUAGCCCAACAGUUAAGAGUAGCUUUCACACUUUGAGUUGAGCUUUUUAACACAUCUUUCAUGACACAUGAAAAUUAUUCAAAUUCCAGUGUCCAUAAAUAGAGAUGUGUUUAUUGAAAUAUAACUACACAAAUGUGUUUUCCAAUCCUCCCUCUCUGGCCACUGCCACACUACAGUAGUUGCAGCAGACCCUGGAAGUCUAAAACAUUUACUAUCUUUGCAGACAACCCUUGUUCUAGUGCAUAUGCCCUUUUCCACCUCUCCCUCCUCUGCAUUUAUAUAUUUUCUCAAAUAGAUUAGACAAGAAAGACUGCAAACCAACUUAUUCUU